UUAUAUAUUUAAAGAAUUUUCCUGCAUAUAUUCUUUCUUCUCAGCCAGAUUGAUAUAUAACAGUUUUCUUUUUGCUCCAAACUCAACAUUAUUAAAGGUAAAAAGUCUCUACUAAUGUCAUUUCUCUUGUAUGGUCCUCAGACCAUAAGGUCCAGCUAUAGUAGAGUUAGUGUUGUAACUUGUACAAUACAGGCAAGAGUUAGAAAUACUGUAGUGCAUCCAUUUUCAUCCCAGAAAAUGUAAUAUCCUGUGAGGACGCGUGGUGGCGCUGCAGGAUAAGAAGGUACAAACCGGAACCGCAGCUGCGGCUUCAUUAACGGACAAAACUUAACCAGCCGAGCCUGGAAGCCCACUGGGAAGCUAGGGCGCCACAGAAGAAGGACUGGGUCCUCUAAAAAGCACGGCUCACUGGAAUAUUUCCGAGGCGUCCUGUACAAUAUCCAGUCUCAGAUACUGAGUUCUUCACAGCUCCGCGGAACCAGCCUCGCCAGAGGCUGUACCAAGCAAGAACAAUGGAGGCCAGCAGGAAGCUCAUUUGCAGACAAAGGCAAGUCCUUUUCCUUUUUCUCUUCUUGGGCUUAUCACAGGCGGGCACGGAACCUAGGCGCUAUUCUGUAGUGGAGGAAACUGAGGGGAGCUCUUUUGUAACCAAUUUAGCAAAGGACCUGGGUCUGGGGCAGAGGGAACUCUCCAGGCGGGGGGCUAGGGUCAUUUCCAAAGGGAACAAACUGCAUCUGCAGCUGGAUCAGGCGACGGGGGAUUUGUUGGUAAAUGAGAAACUGGACCGCGAGGAACUGUGUGGUCACACAGAGCCCUGUGUGCUGCGUUUCCAGGUGUUGCUAGCGAAUCCCUUAGAGUUUUUCCAAGCUGAGCUGCAAGUAAUAGACAUGAAUGACCAUGCUCCGGUGUUUGUGGAAAGAGAUAUGGUGCUUAAAAUAUCAGAGAGCAGUCCUCCUGGAACUGCAUUUCCUCUGAAGAACGCUCAGGACGAAGAUGUAGGCCGAAAUAACAUUGAGAACUAUAUAAUCAAUCCCAACUCCUAUUUUCGGGUCCUCACCCGAGAACGAAGCGAUGGAAGGAAAUACCCGGAGCUGGUGCUGGACAAAGCUUUGGAUCGAGAGGAGGAACCUGAGCUCAGGCUAACCCUCACAGCGCUGGAUGGUGGCUCUCCACCGCAGUCUGGCACCGCUCAGGUCUACAUUGAAGUCGUGGACAUCAAUGAUAACGCCCCUGAAUUUGAGCAGCCUUUCUAUAGGGUACAGAUCCCUGAGGACAGUCCCAUAGGAUUCCUGAUUGUCAAGGUCUCUGCUACGGAUGUAGACAUAGGAGUCAAUGGAGAGAUUUCCUAUUCACUUUUCCAGGCUCCAGAAGAGAUUAGGAAAACCUUUGAGCUCAACCCCCUGACAGGAGAUAUUCGCCUGAAAAGACAACUUGAUUUCGAAGCAAUUCAGUCCUAUGAGGUCAUUAUUGAGGCUAAAGAUGCCGGAAGCUUGUCUGGAAAAUGCACCGUUCUGACUCAAGUCCUGGAUGUGAACGACAAUGCCCCAGAAGUCACCAUGUCCGCACUUACCAGGCAGAUCCCUGAGAAUUCCCCUGAGACGGUGGUUGCCAUUUUCAGUGUUUCUGAUCUUGAUUCGGAAGAAAACGGGAAAAUAAGUUGCUCCAUUCAGGACAACCUACCCUUUCUCCUAAAAUCUUCCUUGGAAAACUUUUACACUCUAGUAACAGAGGGACCGCUGGACAGAGAGACCACGGCUGAAUACAACAUCACCAUCACGGUCACUGAUUUGGGAACCCCCAGGCUGAAAACCCAGCACAACAUUACCCUGCUGGUCUCCGACGUCAACGACAACGCCCCCGCCUUCACCCAAACCUCCUACACCCUGUUCCUCCGCGAGAACAACAGCCCCGCCCUGCACAUCGGCAGCGUCAGCGCCACAGACAGGGACGCGGGCGCCAACGCCCAGGUCACCUACUCGCUGCUGCCGCCCCACGACCCGCAGCUGCCCCUGGCCUCGCUCGUGUCCAUCAACGCGGACAACGGCCACCUGUUCGCCCUGAGGGCGCUGGACUUCGAGGCCCUGCGGGCGUUCGAGUUCGGCGUGGGCGCCACGGACCGCGGGUCGCCCGCGCUGAGCAGCCAGGCGCUGGUGCGCGUGCAGGUGCUGGACGCCAACGACAACUCGCCCUUCGUGCUGUACCCGCUGCAGAACGGCUCUGCGCCCUGCACCGAGCUGGUGCCCAGGGCGGCCGAGCCGGGCUACCUGGUGAGCAAGGUGGUGGCGGUGGACGCAGACUCGGGCCAGAACGCCUGGCUGUCGUACCAGCUGCUCCGGGCCACGGAGCCCGGGCUGUUCGGCGUGUGGGCGCACAAUGGCGAGGUGCGCACGGCGCGGCCGCUGGGCGAGCGCGACGCGGCCAAGCACAGGCUGGUGGUGCUGGUCAGGGACAAUGGCGAGCCCGCGCUGUCUGCCAGCGUCACGCUGCACGUGCUGCUGGUGGAGGGCUUCUCGCAGCCCUACCUGCCGCUGCCCGAAGCGGCGGCCGAGCAGGCGCAGGCCGACCCGCUGACCGUGUACCUGGUGAUCGCGUUGGCGUCGGUGUCGUCGCUGUUCCUGUUCUCGGUGCUGGCGUUCAUCGCGGUGCGGCUGUGCAGGCGGAGCAGGGCGGCCUGGGCGGGUGGCUGCUCGGUGCCUGAGGGCCACCUUCCGGGCCACCUGGUGGACGUCAGCGGCACAGGGACCCUGUCCCAGAGCUACCAGUAUGAGGUGUGUCUGAUGGGAGGUACUGGGACAGAUGAGUUUAAAUUUCUGAAGCCGAUUAUCCCCAAUCUUCCAGGCCAUUACCCUGGGGCAGAAGUAAAGGAAAACCCUGACUUCAAGAAUGACUUUGGUUUUAGUAUUCAGUGACCAUAAUUGUUUAUCUUAUUCAGCCACUUCAAAUUGGUAAAUUCAAGGUGAUGAUUUAUUUUUGCCACCUAUUAUGAAUUUUUAAAUUAUACUAAGCUUCCUUGCAAAUUUUCUUACAUUAUUUCUUUUAAAUAAUGGUAUCUAUCAUUCCUUCAUUACUAUAAAAGAUGAGUGGUCCUAAAACGUGCCUCUCAAAAGACUGACGAAGUUAAUAAUUGUACAAAUACUUGUUCUGGGAGAGUUUUAGAAUGUAUUAGGAAAAAACAGUGAAAAGUUGAGAAAAUGAAUUAUAUAUAUAUGUAAUUGACUGUGUUUUGUUGAGAUUUUUCAUUUUUUAUUAGUUUUUAACUAUUGGUUAUUUAAGAGAAGUAAUGCACUAACACUCAGAGGGAAGUAUGCCUAACCAGGAAGGAAAGAGAACUGGCACCAUGAGAAUUUGGCUUAUUUUAUUCUGCUCGCCUAGUAUUAUCUUUGAUAUUAUUUUCUCUUAAAAUGUUAUAGUUAUUAUGGUUCCUUUUAUUAAUAUA